GCUGGAGAACGUGUCCUGUCGUGGCCACCUGCGUGGGGCGGGAUUGGAGCCCCCUUGGAGGGGGCAGCCCCGGGAGAAGCUGCUGCGGCCCGAGCGAUAAAAAUAAGUGACUGAAGAAGCCUAUCUGGGAGUCAUCAUGUUGAGGAGAAGAUUUGAUUGCCGAAGUAUUUCGGGCAUGCUAACUACCACUCCUCAAACCCCAAUUAAAGUAGAAAACUUUAAUAAUUUUUAUACACUUACAUCUAAAGAACUGGGAAGAGGAAAAUUUGCUGUGGUUAGACAAUGUAUAUCAAAAUCUACUGGACAAGAAUAUGCUGCAAAAUUUCUAAAAAAGAGAAGGAGAGGACAGGACUGUCGAGCAGAGAUUCUACAUGAAAUUGCAGUACUUGAAUUGGCAAAAUCUUGUCCCCACGUGAUUAAUCUUCAUGAAGUCUAUGAAAAUACAAGUGAAAUCAUUUUGAUAUUGGAAUAUGCUGCAGGUGGAGAAAUUUUCAAUUUGUGUUUACCUGAGUUGGCUGAAAUGGUUUCUGAAAAUGACAUUAUCAGACUCAUUAAACAAAUACUUGAAGGAGUUCAUUACCUACAUCAGAAUAACAUUGUGCACCUUGAUUUAAAGCCACAGAAUAUAUUAUUGAGCAGCAUAUAUCCUCUUGGGGACAUAAAAAUUGUAGAUUUUGGAAUGUCUCGAAAAAUAGGAAAUGCAUGUGAACUCCGGGAAAUCAUGGGAACACCAGAAUACUUGGCUCCAGAAAUCCUGAACUACGAUCCCAUUACCACAGCAACAGAUAUGUGGAAUGUUGGUGUAAUAGCAUAUAUGUUGUUAACUCACACAUCCCCAUUUGUGGGAGAAGAUAAUCAGGAAACAUACCUCAAUAUUUCUCAAGUUAAUGUAGAUUAUUCGGAAGAAACUUUUUCAUCAGUUUCACAGCUGGCCACAGACUUCAUCCAGAGCCUUUUAGUAAAAAAUCCAGAGAAAAGACCGACAGCCGAAAUCUGCCUUUCUCACUCUUGGCUACAGCAGUGGGACUUUGGAAACUUGUUUCACCCUGAAGAAACCUCCAGUUCCUCUCAAAGUCAGGAUCAUCCAGUAAGGUCCUCUGAGGACAGGACUCACAGGCCCUCUUGUAAUGGCACCUGCAGUGACCGGGAAGACAAAGAGAAUAUCCCGGAGGACAGCAGCACGGUGUCCAAGAGAUUCCGCUUUGACGACUCGCUGCCCAGCCCCCACGAGCUUGUGUCUGAUUUGCUCUGUUAGCA